GGCAUAGGGAAAGAUGGCGGCGCUGCGGGAGGCGGCCGGGCUGCGGUUUCUACGGCUGCUGCUGGGGCUGGCGGUGGCCCGGGCGGGGCAGGUCCCGCUGCUGGCCUGGUCCAGCCGCAGCUCCUUGUGGUCCCCAUUGGCAGCACCACAUGAGGGGCACGUGGUCACCGAAACUCAGCUUGCAGCUCUACUGGACUCAGCACUAAAUGAUGGGCCCCAUAAUGUGCUGCUCUUGCUGCAGGACAAACUCAGCGUUGAGGAUUUCACUGCCUAUGGAGGGGUUUUUGGCAACAAGCCAGACAGUGCCUUCCCCAAUCUGGAGAAUGCACUGGCUGAAGCGCCAUCUUCAUUGGUCCUUCCGUCCGUAGACUGGUUUGCAGCCAGCUCCAUUCCUGCUUUCUUGAAAGCCAAGCUGGGCAUUGCACCACUUCACGUGGAUCAGAAUACUCUCCAGGAGCUGAAGCUCAACGCCAGCCUCCCUGCUCUGCUGUUGGUACGACUGCCAUAUACUGCCAGCUCCAGCCUCAUGGCCCCAAAGGAAGUUCUCACCAGCAACGACGAAAUCCUGGGACAGGUUUUGAGUGCUCUCCGAUCAGAGGACAUCCCCUACACAGCCAUCCUGACUGCACUGCAACCCUCUCGGGUUGUCCGGGAUGCCUCUGACGCGUCCCCUGAAAGAGUGGGUAGGCAGCUGCUCCAGGCGGAUGAGGAGCUUUCGCCACUCCAGUACCCGAAAUCUGGGGCCCCAAAGAUCCUCUUCUGGGCCAGCAACUUCUCCGUGGCCAUCAAUGACACGUGGCAUGACCUUACUAACCUCACAUUUCGGAACAACAGCUCGGUCAGCGUCGAUGAUUCCGACUGGACCCCAGAUGCUUCCCUGUUGAUUUUGAAGUAUGGAAAUGUGGGUGGCAGUUCCUUGACAGUCAGGUUCCACAUAAGAAACCGCUUGUUCAAUGUUUCUGGCCGGCACUGGUUUAGCCUCCACACCGUGCAGCUGAUCAGAGGCGGGGGCUCCCCAGUUAACUUCACUGCCACCCAGAUCACAGCGCCCAGCAACUACUCUUUCAGCUGUGCUCGUGUCAGCAGUCACCCAGCCUCCGGGGCCCUCCUGACACCCAGCGGUGAUCAGCGUUGGAAGGUGCUGAUGACAAAUUUUCAGAUUCAGAGUUACAACGUGACGGGACCACGGUUCUCCUACGCCAGUGACUGUGCCGGCUUCUUCACUCCUGGAAUCUGGAUGGGGUUGCUGACCUCCCUGCUGCUUGCUGCCAUCUUCACGUAUGGCCUUCACAUGGUCAUGAGCCUCAAGACCAUGGACCGUUUUGAUGACCCCAAGGGGCCUACCAUCUCUGUGCCCCAGACAGAAUAAGGGUGGCUGUGUGCAUUCCCUGCCCCGGGACCCUCGUGCUGGUCCUGUUCUGGCCAUUCCAGCUCUUGCUGCUUCUCUCACACCUGUAGCUCAAUGCACUGGAUCUUUUUCUGGCUCCAUCCCUUUUCCUUUCUUCCUUUCUAUCCUUUCCCUCUCCCCAGUAGCUGCUUUCCCAGUAACAUUGCCUGGUCAUCUAUUCUCUCCCUUUUAGUCUCCUCUUCCACAGCCCCCUGAAUUCAAAGGGACAUGGCUAUCUACACUGGGGGGGGGGGCUUCUGUGUGAGGGAGGGGCAGAUCCUGCAAGUCCCCCUUCUGCGUCCAAGGAGAGCAUCAUCCUGCUUCCUAGUGUAAUGCGGGGUACAUUUCGUUCAGGGUUUUUUGUCGUGGUGUUUGAAUGUUUCUUUUUUAGCUUGCCUCAUCAUCCUUGGUUGCAGCCUCUUUUGUGCUGUUAUUCUUCGUGAUCCUUCCCUUCUCCCCUCCCCCCCCACUUAUUUAUUGAUGUGAUCCCUGUGGUUAGUUUUGUUUACAGUGACUCAGUAUUUGGGACUCCGUGCUGCUGCUGAUGCAGUGCAAGUGAGGAUCCCUUCUGGUGACCCUUUGCUGUUCAUCAACUUGAAGGAUGUGAAUAAAAGAGGGGAAAGUGG